AAACAGCCACAUCAUCUCUCCUCUACUUCCUUCUACGCUUUUCUCUGUGUACCAGACGGCCAUUUGGAAACCGAAAUCACAGUCGUAGCUCCGCAGAGAAGAAUGAGAAAUUUGUCUUCAAUGGCUUCGCUUCUCUAUCUAGGGUUUUACGUCCAAAGAGGAACUUAUAAUAAGAAGGUUUGCAUAAAUGUGCUUCGCUGUUAUUCUCGCCUUUCAUCUCCAAAGCCUCUAGGACCACUGAUGCAGUACAAGAAACUGAUUGAGGAGGGGAAACUGCAGCACGAUCCUAACCAGGAAAGGAUUGCGUUGGCAUUAGAAAAUUUGCUUGGGAGAUUGGAACAAUAUGAAAAAGAUAUGGAGGGAUAUCAUGUAAACCUAGCCAACUGGGAGAAGAAAAGAGAGAAUGAGAGGCGCAAGAUAUUGAUGGAGGAAGCUGAGCUGAAGCAGCAGGGGGACUUGUGGGGUUCAGUUAACAAGCAUCAGAAUAAAAUUUUGGAAAGAUGGAUGUUUCGGAAAAAACCCAAAAAUGUAGAACCAGGAGUGGGGAAAUGGGUUUCAUACCUUAACCGAGAAAGGAAGUUGGAUUCUCUUGUUGGUCAGCGUCCAACUGCUCCUCCAGCCCCAAAAGGACUAUAUAUAUAUGGCAACGUUGGAAGUGGAAAAACCAUGCUUAUGGACAUGUUUUAUUGUGGCACUGAAGGAAUUGUUAAACUUCGACGAAGGUUUCAUUUUCAUGAGGCUAUGCUAAAAAUUAAUGAACAUAUGCAUAGGUUAUGGAAAAAUCAAGUGGAGGAAAAUUCUUUGCAAUCUAGCAUAUCUAAUUGGAUCACGAGUCUUCCAUUUGAUAUGAAAGUUAAGGAAUGGGUAGCUGCAGAAGAAAGAUAUAAGCAGGAUGUUCAGAUUAAAAACAUUCUUCCUGCUGUAGCGGAUAAGUUUCUUGUGGAGCAGCAUGCAGAACAAAGAGGGGCCAGUGUUCUUUGCUUUGAUGAGAUACAGACUGUGGAUGUAUUCGCUAUUGUGGCCUUAUCUGGAAUUUUAGGCAGAUUGUUGAGUACUGGAACUGUUCUUGUGGCCACAAGUAAUAGAGAACCACAUGAUUUAAAUCAGGAUGGCAUGCACCGGGAGUUAUUCCAAAAAUUUGUUUCAAAAUUGGAGAAGCAUUGUGAGAUUAUUGCAAUUGGAAGUGAAAUCGAUUACCGUCGCCUUAUAGCACAAAGAUCUAUAGACCAGGUUCACUACUUCUGGCCCUUGGAUGGCAAUGCUCUAAGGGCAUUUGAGACAACGUGGGAACAAGUCACAAUCCAGUUGGGAGGAAAAAUCACAUCCCAUACCAUCCGGGUGAUGUUUGGGAGAACAUUGGAAGUUCCUCAAAGCUGUAAUGGAGUGGCACGGUUAACAUUCGAGUAUCUAUGUGGUCGCCCGGUAUUAGACUUGCCCUUCUGCAUGAAUAUGUGAUUUUUGUUCAUACUUUUUCUAUUUAGUCAACAAAUCAUUUAUUAGUUAAUUGCUAUAUAUAAUUGCACAUCUUCAUAUAUAUGCGUAGUGUGUUUGUAUGUGUAUAUAUCCUCAUUUUAUUACUAAUCUUUUGUUUAUUUAUUUUUUUGCUAAGUUGAUUACUUUCAUCUGCCAAAUUUUUUUCAUCUUAGGUGAGCUAUUUUAAUUCUCAAAAGCUCAUCAGGCUCUUCUUUCAGUGACUUUAGAAGAUGGCUAGGCAUUUAAACUAUUUGAUAGUUUGUUUUCCUUUUUACUUUUAACUUGGGCUUGUUUGUGACUUGCUCACUUUUCCUUUUUUGGGAUGGUGUUUUUAACUUU